UUAAAAUUAUUCGCUAAACCUAGGUUAGCACUACGUUAUGGAUAAAGAGAAUGACAACUCUGAAGACAGCCAUCAUUACGCUUAUCCGACUGUUGUGUUCAAAAAACCGGAGUCAAAAGAAAAUGUACAAAAGCCGAUGAAUCAGUAUGAGAAUAUUCCAGGGCCCAAGAAAGACGACACAAAGAAAAAAGUGAAGAAUCUUCGUCAACUCUCGGGUGAAGAAGGACCAAGCAAGUCCCAGGACCAGAAUAAUAAUGCUGUUUGGAUCAUCUAUGUUGCAAUAGUCAUCGGACUGGUGUUCACCGCCAUUACAUUUCUUGUUCUGUUACAAGAAAAAGAAAAGUUGAGACAAGAUUUAACAGAAACGGAACGACGAUUGAACAAGAGUGAAGUGAAUCUGCGAGGGGAGAUAGCUUUGCUUCAGAAGCAAAUGCUCAAUGUAGCAGGCGAGAUGUCAAGACAAGGACGAAAUAUAGGAGACCUACAAAACUCAUCCAGUGAAAAUAAAAAAAAUAUCUCAUCUCUUGAGGAAACAAACAAACGCCAAAACAGCGAAAUUCUCGCGAUGAAGGCAAAUCUCAAUAAAGCAGCAAUCCCAGUCGCUUCGGUGAGAUUGAUUACAGACGCAGGGGCGACAUCUACCGUCCAAGGAAGAGUUGAAAUCUUACAUCAAGGAAUUUGGGGAAAUAUUUGCAGCGAUGACUUUUCAAAUGAGGACGCCAGGGUGAUUUGCAGAAUGCUUGGGUACACGGAUGCGGGUGGUCGCACUGGGAAUAAUUACCGCGUGGGAUCAACUGCAAAAUUCUGGCUGAAUCGUCUUCUCUGCACUGGCCAGGAAUCUAAUAUUGGACUAUGCCCCCACGGUGGAUGGAAUUGGAAAAAUUGCAUAAAAUGCGGUUUCUGUUCAUUGCUAGAAAGAUAAUAAAUAGUCAUAGAUGUGGACGGAGUCUAACUCAGGUUAAGUUGUUUAUUACGAGACCGGACUCGAAAAUUUUUUUUUCCAAUUGACCUAUUCUUCUAUAUCAAUGUUUGUAUUAUUCCAUUUUCCACUAUUUUUGAGUGACCAAACUUUUGUAAAAUCUCGCAAUCCAAGAUAUGCUAAAAUGCUUUUAUAGGCAAAUAAUAUAGCAAUGUAAAACAAUGAUUCUUACAUAACAUUUAUUCUUCCAGUAAUACCUUAGGAGGGAGAAAGCUGUGUGUGUUGGCCAUUAGAGAAUUUUAAAAAUCUUAACGUGGCUUUACUUAGCAGACUAGAGGCGGUCAACUUUUUAAUCUGUGACCUUGAUUCAUGGCUCUGCAGAGUGGCGCAUCGUGCCAAGCGUAAGGAAUACGCUCGCCAUGCACCUCUGAUUAAUUUUGAAUCUUAAGCGGGAAUACUCGUAGUUAUAUGCGAAAGGAUUGCUGGACUCCAUUUUGGUUGGCUGUCGAUCAUGGCUUCCACCACCAUCAAGUCCAUGCAUCUGAAACACAUACCGGACUAACAGGUAUCCGGACGAGGAACCGUGGUUCGCAAUAUGAAAAAGCCGUAUUAUUGACUUUCCUCUCCUCCGAGAUAAUACAUAAAUCAU